AUGUUGGAAUCCUUGCCCCCAUUUAAAUCUCUUUGCCUGCUAGGCGGAUAUACGCCCGCAUUUCUCACCCGUGGUGGGGUACUUCGCAAGCAUAGACCGGCACUGCUCGAACUGGAAUUACAUCGGGCAUCGCCUUCGAGGCAAGAGAUAGACCUGUAUGAGCUUUCCCUAGGCAAAGGAAUUGGUCCAAUUCUCUCAGACAAUGAUAUUUUGGAACUCAGCCGCCAGCUUCCAUUGCUCAAGAAUCUCCAAAUCUGUAUUCAGCGCCGCCGUGGCCUCGAUGGGGCCGUAUACAUAACCCCGGGGCAAUUCACAUGUCUGGAGGAGCUAGAACUAAUUCUCAACUGCCAUCCGGAGAUGAAUAUUUUCGGCCACCCGGUCCCGUCGCGUGAGUUGACAGAUUUCGAAAUGGCUCAAAUCUGGCAUGGUUUUGUGCUAGGUUAUGGGUGGCUCAAAUGGUACCUGCGUGAUUUGUUGAUCAACUGUGCCAUCGAUGAAGCGUUGGCCAAAGCGAUCUUCUCGUAUGUCUGGAAAGGUCAAAACGGGAAUUGGCUACAACGUCUGACGAUCCACCCUUUGUAUGGCCAGUUGGGAGAGUAUUCCAGAUACUACUAUCAUGAAUACUGUAAAAAGGUUAAGGAGGAAGGCUUUCUAGACCAGAUGUCCCCGACGUGGGUAGUUGAGCCAGAUCUUCUGACAGGGCCACGAGCCCAGAAGUGUGUUAAGCCAAGGCGUGACUUAAGCGACCUGGCAGAUGGAGAAGAUAGCACAUUGAUCCCGGUACAGGAAGUGGGUGGCAUAUUCGCCAUGAAAAAGGAAGAAGACGUUCAAGCCGUCUUUCAGUCUUUCUGGCCCACAGCGGAUAUCAGUGCUUGGCCACUUUAUUGGCACAGUUGGCCCCUUAGGUCUUCGGGAAUGGAUGGUUAG